AAACUUUUAAUUUUUGAUUACUCUUUUUUGCAAAUAGAUUCUGUUUUGAAAACAGUCUUCAUUGUGAAAAGAUAUUCUUCAUAUUGACUACGAACCUACGAAGUGCAAUGGCAUCAAAAAUGGCGCUUUUAUUUUUAACACUCUUAAUAUAUAUCGUAUGCAUUAGUAAAGGAGAGAUACUACGAUUGUCUGAAUGCAACAAGUUUUAUGCGGUCUUUGAUGUUGUAUUCAACAAUUUUCUUUUGGUAAAUACGACAUAUUCUUUGGUUAGAAACAUCGAGCUGAAUAAAUGCUUGAUCAUAUGCAUGCAAUAUCCAAAGUGCAAAUCAUUCAGCUACAUGUUUCAUCACUCACAAUGCCGAAUACACCAUUCCACUAGAACUGACACUGGAAGUAACUUACAAAAGGAAAAUGGAUGGACACACUAUGAAACCAAUGAGAAUGCAACGAACGUCGGCCCUGUUUGUGAAAGAAGAAACCCAUGCAAGUGUGGAAAAUGUGUGGAUACAUGUGAUGAGACAGGCUUCAAAUGUGAGUUGAAGUAUACUCCAAGUUGAUAAAGUCAAGUGCCAUCUAACAAAAGCUAAACCUUUUUGAGAACAGGUUUUUGCAACUUAAAUGCCUUAUGGACGAUGUACCUCUCCCCAAAAACUUUGUAGAACGACAACACACUGGACCCAAAAUAUAAAACAGUCUGCUAAAAAUGCUAGUUUUGCCACAUCUAAUUGAGUAUUUUUACACAUUCGCCAAACGGGUGGCUAAAUUAAAAAAAAACAAUAGGAUAUAUUUCUUGUUAUUGUGAUGGUCACAGGUCCAUACGCACGAAAUAAUGAAUUGACAAAAAGUUAAAGAACAAAAUAGCAAAAAAUGUUAAACAAUGUGUAACGAACGUAUUUUUAUUAUCUAAAAGUACAGAAUAGAAAAAAUUAUAUUUAUUUUGUGAGUUAGGUAAAGAGAGUAAAGAUUCGUGAAGCCACUACUCUGCACUUUCGAUUUGUUGUUGAGUGUUUCCGGUCUGUAUAUUUAUUCCCUUGGCGCCAUCUUUUCACAACAAACUGCAUCGUUCAAAGUUCGUAGUAUGUUGUGGAAAAGAG